AUGCAUCAUAACUCGCAGUCUUCGAGCUCCGCCUAUAUCAGGAGCCCUAAAGAUGAAAACAUGGCACCCAUAGCGAGUACAAAGCACAGGACCGCGUCUGUAGGUCACGUCCCACCUACUCAUCCAAGGGUCGCACUUAGCGAUGUCACCAACAUAGUUGCGACCAACUCUAACAAUAAUAGCAUAAGUAAGCCAAAGGCCGGCCCGGUCCGGGAAAGAUCAGAUUCAGUUGUGAUACUUGAAGAAGAGAGGCCUGCUGUGCAGAGUGCUGCACGGCGGAAAGAAACUGAUCAUAACGAUAUGCUGAUGUCCAGAGCACAAGAAGAGACCGUUGAUGAAGAUUAUGAAGAAAGUGAUGAUGAUGAAGGAGAAGACCAAGAACCCCUGUUGCUGCAACAUUAUGCUAGCGAUACAGCGGUCUGGGAACAUGCAUUUAAAACAUAUUAUAGAACCACACUAGAUCCUAACGAUGAUGACGUGUACGACGUGGUCAUGGUUGCCGAAUUGGCCAAUGAGAUAUUCGAAUACAUGAGGAGACUAGAAGAACUAUACAAACCCGAUCCGUAUUACAUGGAUAAACAACCGGAAUUGAGAUGGUCAUUUCGGAGCACACUAAUUGAUUGGGUCGUUCAAGUUCAUGAAAAAUUUCAACUUUUACCUGAAACUCUGUACCUCUGCAUCAAUAUAGUAGAUAGAUAUCUGUGCAAAGAGAUUGUCCCCGUUAAUAAGUUUCAGCUGGUGGGCGCAGCAUCACUGUUCAUUGCUGCCAAAUAUGAAGAAAUCAACUGCCCUACGAUAAAGGACUUCGUGUAUAUGUCAGAAAAUUGCUAUUCAAGAGAGGACCUGUUGGAUGCAGAAAGGACCAUACUAAAUGGCUUAAAGUUUGAGCUAGGUUGGCCCGGUCCGAUGUCAUUUUUGCGAAGAAUCAGUAAAGCUGAUGAUUACGAGCAUGAUACUAGAACGCUAGCUAAAUACCUGUUGGAAUCCACAAUAAUGGACAAUCGGCUGGUAUCUGCCCAACCCAGUUGGCUGGCUGCUGGCGCUUACUUCCUAAGUAAAGUGAUUCUGGGACAAAAUCAAUGGUCCUUGGCGCAUGUUUACUACUCUAAUUACACACAAGAACAAGUUCUUCCGUUGGCUACCAUUAUUUUAGAAAAUUGCAGAUAUGCCUCUAAACGUCAUAACGCCAUAUGGAGAAAAUACUCUUCGCGUCGUUACUUGCAUUCUUCACAGGUUGUAGCGAAAUGGAUAACACUAGCUGAACACAGAGUAGAUCAAUCUAGCUAA